GAGCAAUGCAGCCUAACUUACGCGCUGCCACAAUGACCAAGUCAGCCAACGCACCCUUCUCAAUAACGAAGCCAGUGUGAUGCUUAUACGGUGGAGGGACUUGCAUCAAAAUCUCUUCCCUCUCCUUUCCCUUAUCACCUCCCUCUCCUCUCUCAUCAACACCCUCAGCGCUCAAGCCAUACCUAGUGAACACAUCGCAAGAAUUGCACAUGCACAAGGGAAGAGCCAAUAUGAAGAGAGAGAGAAAAGGAACAAAGGAAAUGUAAGAUGUAUAACGGUGACUCGACAUAGAUCCUUCGUUGAAGACGCAGGGAGUAGCUUGGGAGAUAGAUCCUCUUUCGCGUCCAUGGGGGCCUCGACGAGAGCCGCAUUCAUCGGACCAGCGUCUUGAUGACUUCCAAACGGCGACCUGGAACUCAAUCUUCACCGGUCCAUCAUAGAUCCAGCCAUCUUCCUCGCACCAUUCCUACCCUCCUACAAUCACCCUCCAGUCCCUACUGCAGGCUCAAUGCCUCUAAUUCGAGUGCGACCGGAUCGGAUGUGG